AAAAAAUGGAUCACAAUUUGAAUAUGCAUCACAAUAAUGCUGCCCUGCAUUGGAGUUAUGGCGCCGCCGCAGUACCAACUACGCCGCAAAAUCAUUGGGUACCACCCCCACAAUCCCAAUCGUCAUCACUAAAACGCGCCAUAUCGGAAAGUGAUUGUGAAGAUUUAUAUUCCGAAGAAUCAUCGAAGGAACAAAUUUCUCCUGCCGAUGGCAGUAACUGCCAAAUGAUGAGCCGCAAAAAGCGUCGUGGUGUCAUCGAAAAGAAACGCCGCGAUCGCAUCAACUCUUCGCUAUGCGAACUCAAGCGCCUAGUACCCUCGGCGUAUGAAAAGCAAGGCUCCUCCAAAUUGGAAAAGGCUGAAAUUCUGCAACUCACCGUGGAACAUUUGAAAAAUUUACAAGCCAAAGGAACCGAUGCCUUGGGUUAUGAUCCACAACGUUUCGCCAUGGACUAUCACAUUAUCGGAUUUCGUGAAUGUGCUGCCGAGGUGGCUAGAUAUUUGGUGACCAUUGAGGGUAUGGACAUUCAGGAUCCUCUACGUCUGCGACUUAUGUCCCACCUGCAGUAUUUUGUACAGCAACGUGAAAUGUCACUGAAAAAUUGCACAGCCACACCGGGAGCAACACCAUGGACUGUACAUCCCGGAGCUGCAGCCGCUGCUGCUGCUUCAUCAUAUCAACCCAAUUGUGGUGUGACACCAUAUCAGGCAUAUCCCUCGGCCACCAGUUCGGCGGCAUCGACAGUGCACACCUCAAGUCACAGUAAUUCGUCGUAUGUUCCCAAUUUGCCCUCUGCCCUGCAUCAAUAUCCCACAUUGAGUUCGUCACCCAACAACAAUGCUAUGCAUUCACAACAACAACAACAGCAGCAGCAACAACAACAUAGUGUGCGUUCAAAUUCCGUUGGAUCUGCGCAGGAUGGUCAUGGUUUAAUCAAUCACAAUCAAGCGAGACAAGUUACCUCUCCCCUACAACAGCAAUCUCAAACCCAGCAACAGGCACAACAACAGCAAUCUCAACAGCAGCAACAACAAAAUGUUGCAGCCCAUCCCCAAAUAACACCCACCUCACAUGACACCCAUCUUCAACAGCAAACACAACAAACUCAACCCCAACAACAACAAACACCUACCCAUCACCACUACUCCCACGAUCACAGCGGUGCCACACAUCAGGAUCAUCAGGCUGCCACAUACAUUGAAUUAACAAAUGCCCAUGUCCACCCAGGACAUCGUCAAGUGCCCUCUGCCGUUCCAGCCUCUGCUUUGGGUUAUACCGCCAUGCCAACACAAUACCCGGUGAGUGUGGCCCAGGAAUAUAAUCAUCAAACCGGUGUCUAUGUUACUGCUAAUGGUUCGAAACCCUAUCGGCCAUGGGGUGCCGAAAUGGCUUACUAAGCAGAGAGGG